AUGACUAAAGUAUUCGUUGACAGGGUGUAUGGACCACAGCCUCUCUUGCUGCGUCUACCUCUUCCCACCAAAAAAUUAAAGGAUAUCAAAGUCGAUGACUCCUCCAUCUUCCACUGUCACCAGCGGUCUCCAGAGUCGCCUUCCUUCGAGUCCAUUGAUCGCCACUUGGCCCCCUCCUCGCCCUUUUACUCCGUCACUCUUGUUCGCGAGUACUUCGGCUUCUUCCUUAUCUCUGGAAGUGUCAUACUGAUUCUGCUUAACCUCCGCACCUUGCUUGAGCUCUGCACUCUCCGCAACCUUACCCGUAGCUUGCGCGUUCUCCAUCGGAGAAUCUGCGGUCGAAGAGUGCAGAUUCAACGAAAUUCUGGUCUGGAGGUCGGUGGUCUUAACGUUGUUGAUGACACUUGCGACUUCGAGGCUCCGCCAGCAAGGGCAGUUGUUGUGGAGACGGUUCAUACGAGCCUAACCUAUCGGUUAGUGAGUCAAUGUCUUCGACAACAGAGGCGUUGA